AUGGGAGACGUUGAGGAACACGAGUUUGAUAGCCUGCUGAAUUUUCGCGAUGUUGGUGCUCACAUCAAUUCCAUCGUUGGGUCGAACAUUCUGAACACUGGCCUGUUCUUCCGGAGCGCUCGGCCAGAUGAAUGCAGUGCGUCAGACGGUCAGCAUCUGACAGCGAAACUGAAAAUAAAGACCAUCAUCGACCUUCGCUCAAAUACCGAACACAUCAAUGCUGCGAAAAAGCGGUCAGAGAUUGGCCUCAACUCGACAUCGGCUGCUUUGCCGUCAUCCGAUCAAGAAGUCAAUCAGUCACAUCAACUUCCAGGUGUGCGUUACGCCAAUAUCAACCUCAACGGCAAAGGUUUCGAACGCCAUCUCAUCUGGCAGUUGAAAUAUACCAGCUUAGCCAAGCUAGUGUUUCUGAUGGCCUUGGGUUAUCGCACCGAGGGCAUUGCAGUGCUGGGACGAGAGCUGAUGCAACCUCGUGGGCUCAUUGGUCUUGGCCUAGAUACCCUAGACCAUAGCGGUCCUGAAGUCAAAGAAGUCUUUGAUGUUCUCUCCGAUCAGGAGGCGUGGCCCAUCAUGGUGAAUUGCACACAGGGCAAAGAUAGGACCGGCAUGGUGGUGCUGUUGGUUCUCCUCCUCUGCGAUGUCAGCUUGGAUGCAAUCUCCAAGGACUAUGUCAGAUCUGAACCAGAGCUGGAACCGGAAAAGGCAGCGAGGAUGGAAGAGAUAUCGAGCAUUGGACUGGACGAAUCAUUUGCAGCUUGUCCGCCGGACUUUUGUGAGCAGGUCGUCCAGCAUCUUGACUCUACCUACGGGGGUCUUUGCAAUUACCUUGACAAGAUUGGAGUUGCCCAGGAUCAAAGAGAUUGUGUCAGGAGGAUGUUGAGAAGCAUUCCAUGA